CGUGACGCACUUCCUGUUUGUUGUCGGAGAAAGGAGAGAAAGGAACGCGCGAGAAGCCGGAGCCGCCGCCGCCGCCGCCGCUUGGGCCGCCACCAGCGCCGCCGUGCUGCAGCCGAGGGCACCCGGGCCUCCGUCCCCUCCGCGUCCUCGGGCUCAUUCCAGCAGCCUGUUAAAACAUGGUGGAUUACUAUGAAGUCCUGGGCGUGCAGAGACAUGCCUCGGCUGAGGAUAUUAAAAAGGCAUACCGGAAACUGGCAUUGAAGUGGCACCCAGAUAAAAAUCCUGAGAAUAAAGAAGAAGCGGAGAGGAAAUUCAAACAAGUAGCUGAAGCGUAUGAGGUGUUAUCAGAUGCUAAAAAACGGGACAUCUAUGACAGAUACGGCAAAGAAGGAUUGAAUGGUGGAGGUGGAGGCGGGGGCCACUUUGACGGUCCAUUCGAGUAUGGCUUCACAUUCCGCAAUCCAGAGGACGUCUUCAGGGAAUUUUUUGGCGCCACGGACCCGCUUUCAUUUGACUUCUUUGAAGACCCAUUUGAAGAGUUUUUUGGGAAUCGAAGGGCUCACCGCGGAAGCAGGAACCGAGGGACGGGGCCAUUUUUCUCUGCCUUCAGUGGAUUUCCGCCUUUUGGAGGAGGAUUUCCUUCUUUUGAUACAGGAUUUACUUCCUUCGGUUCACUAGGUCACGGGGGCCUCACCUCAUUCUCCUCCGCGGCAUUUGGUGGUAGUGGGAUGGGCAACUUCAAGUCAGUGUCAACUUCUACCAAAAUGGUUAAUGGCAGAAAAAUCACCACAAAGAGGAUUGUCGAGAAUGGUCAAGAAAGAGUUGAAGUUGAAGAAAACGGCCAGUUAAAGUCCUUGACGAUAAAUGGUGUGGCCGACGAGGACGCCUUCCGGGAGGAGUGUCGGCGGAGAGGCCAGAGCUUGCUUCCCGCCCAGCCUGCCAGCGCCAGCGUCCGCGCACUGAGGCCACCCAGGCUCGCCGCUGUGCCCAGACAUGCGUCUCCCUACGUCUGUGAGGACCAGCUCGAGCAGGGCAGACAGCGGGCCUCCAUGAGCUGGGACCCUGCCAUGCCCCCAGCAGGGCCCAAGGAAGGCGGCAAGUUGAGGAAGCAGAAGCAGCGAGAGGAGACGCGGAAGAGGAGGCCGGCCCGGGGGAAGCGCUAGGCCGCCCGGGCGGGCCGCGGCACCAGGCGGCUCCGGGCGGCCGCGGGCGGCAGUGGCGUCCGCAGCCCUGGGACGCGCCGCCGGUCGGUCAGACUAGGACGCUUGGGUGUGGGGGCGGCGUCUGCGCAGCACCAGCGCCCGCGGCGCCCCGAGCUGAGGAUCUGUCUCUCUCCCCGGGCGCUCGGCUGCAGUGCCACAGCUUCAGAGGCCUGGCAGGUACCGCCGGCCGCUGAGCGCACGGCACGAAGCAGCCUUCCUCGCGCGGGUGGGGUGUCCGAAGCCGGCACGUAGCCACAUGCAGGGAGACCUGGGUGUCGCAGGUCGCGCACGGAGAUGGUCUAAGGCGGCCAGGCCCUCAGCCGUGCCCAGUGACCCGGCCACCUGCACGCAGCCUCCGGCCAGUCACUUCAGAUGCGCAUCCUCCUCUCCACUGUUCUCAUUUUGAGCCCCUCCGAUUAGUCCCAGUUCAGCUUCCAGCACUGUGUGAUUUAUGCCAAAUCUCAUCUUUGCUUCUUGGGUCUGUAACUGUUCUUUUUAGCACGUACACAGGAGUCUACAGACCAGUCGAGGAACACCAGCUCUGGCUCCUGGGUGAGGGUCAUGCCAGCUGGGACGCAGCCAGCCCGCCCUGAGCAGGUGCGCUGAGCGCGGGUUCCAUGUGCCGGCCUUGGCCCUUUACAGCAGUCGUCUUGCUCUAGAAGAUCCUCCUGCACACAUUUCUCUGCAUGGCGGUGCUUCUUAACCCUUGUUUCUGCUGGGCACCAACCAGCCCCCAUGCGCCAGCACUGCCCUCCCGUCCUGUUCAGCGUGAGGGGCUUCUCCUGAGCCCUCCUGGGAAUGAGGGCACACGGGGGAAGCUCUGAUGUGGUUCGGACGUGCCAGCAGCUGGAAUCCAGCAGUGUUGAAGCCCGGCAAGUUUUUGGCACAUCCACAGGGUGGGCAGCCUGGGCACAGCCACGUGUGUGACCUCCGCUUUCAGGGUGACCCUUAGGGGACGUUUGCUUGGAUGUGUCCUUGGCUUGGGGGAGGGGUGUGGACUGCCGGGUGGGGAGCAGCCUGGUGCUCAGUGCCCACUGUGGAAAAUGUAACCAUGAUGCACACUGUGUUUUAAGUGACACUACAUAAAUAAAGUGAAGUGUUUUGUGCUG